CCAACAACCAGACACAAAAGUUCAAGGAUGGGCAAUAUCAAUGACCUACAGGGAUAAAAGUCAGAAUAGAAGUUACCGGCGGAAGUGAAGUAUUGGACGGGAGGGGACCCAAGAGAGUCUUCAGGGAGCCAGAAAUUUCUAGGCCUUGAUGUGGGUUGUGACACAGGUGUAUACAUAUGGAAAAAUUCAUCAAGUCGUACACCUAAGAUCUGUGCAGUGUACGCACAUCAUUUUGUGUGUCUCAUGCCGUAGUAAAAGAAGAGAAGGGGAAGGACAUUGACAUUUAUUGAAUGCUUGCUGUAUGCUAGGCACUGGCUGGAUCUGCUUUUCUUUUUAUUCGCCUAAUGAGCACCUAAUAGGUCCUAGGCAUUAUCUAGGUUCUGAGGGCCGAGCAGUGAACAAAAAAAUUAGAGUUCUUGCCUGCAUGAUGCUCACAGCUGAUGGGGGAGACACUAUCAAACAGUCCCAGUCAUAAAAGUGAAGUGAAAACGGGGCCAAGUAGUGCAGAAGAAGAGGAGUGUCCUAAUCUGGGAAGAGAGCCGGGCUUUUCUGAGGAAAUGAAAUUGAAACAGUGACCUAAAGGAUCAGGAAAAAAUAACCAGCAGAGAGGGAAGAAGGGCAUUUUAUGCAAAGGGACAAGCAGGUGAAAAGGCACUGUGGUAGAAAGAGGCACAUUAGACAGGACAAAGAACGAGGAUGAGAAGGGCACAGCUGGUGCAAGAACGCCGGCCCCAGAACUGCCACCUCACACAUGGGGAAACUGAGCUCCACAGGGCCUGCGGAUGGGGGUGGCCAUGGGUCAGUGCCCCGAAGAACAGUACUGGGAUCCCCUACUGAACAUCUGCCUCUCCUGCAAACUCAUCUGCAGCCAUCAGAUUCCACGCACCUGUGCAGCAUUCUGCAAGUCACUCAGCUGCCACAAGGAGCAAGGCAGGUACUACGACCAGCUCCUGAGGGACUGCAUCAGCUGCGCCUCCAUCUGCGGACGUCACCCCAAGCAAUGCACGUACUUCUGUGAGAACAAGUUCAGGAGCCACGCGAACCUCCCGCCAGAGCUCAGGAGACAGCGGGCCGGGGAAGCUGCAACCAGGCCAGACAACUUGGGAAGGUACCAGGGAACAGAGCACAGAGGCUCCGAGCCAGUUCCAGGGCUGAAGCUGAGCGCUGACCAGCUGGCCCUGGUCUACAGCACACUGGGGCUCUGCCUCUGUGCCAUCAUCUGCUGCUUCCUCCUGGCUGUGGCCUGCUUCCUCAAGAGGAGAGGGGACCAGUUCUGCCAGCCCUCACCGGCACCGUGUCAGACCCAGGCCAAGUCCUCCAAGGAUCACUGGAUGGAAGCUGGAAGCGCGGAGGGCGCGUUGCCAGAGCCGGUGGAGACGUGCAGCUUCUGCUUCCCGGAGCGCAGGCAGCCCACCCAGGAGAGCGCGGGCGGGCCCGGGACCCCCGGCGCCGCGCGCUCUGGGAGGUGGGGGCGCCUCGGCCGGACCACGAUCGGACAGCCGUGCGCGCGCGCCCCGGGAGGCGGCCUUGAGGUCCUGUGCGCUCCUGCGGAGGAGGGAGGCCCGACCUCGUGAAAUGGGGGCAGGGUCGCCAUCACCUAAACACCUGCAGUGAAGUCAUACCUACCUGCUGGCCACAACCCCCAGGAGCCCUUCUUUAGAAAUAAAACCUUCCCCAGCUGCCCGCUCCUCCCUUUCUCUGGUUUUCGUCGUGUCUCCCCCGUGAUGACUCUGGACGUCCCACCCUUCCCGCUGCCACCACAAGGGGUCCGCCUGGUUUCUGAGGACCUGCAAGCUGAUGGUCCCACCAGGCUCUCCACCGAGCUCGUUGACCUGUGCUGGGU